GUUUGCAUAUACUGAAGCACUAAGGUGGGGUGUUAAAAUGAAGCUUUGUCGGGCCGAAUACAAAACUAUUGCAAAAUUUACCGAGCAGCUCAGACCCACCCGGCAGUGCAUGAAGAUACUGAAGGAAAGAUUUCCUAAUCAUUCGCCGUCCACUCUUCUGAGCAUCUUCUCCCUGGAGUACCAGAAAAAGAUGAAAAGAACUAAUUUGAGACACCAUGCCCCAGAUGUGGUUGAAGGCUACUACCAAAGGUACCUGAGCGAAGCCAAGAUACGUCCUUCAGCUCCUGUCCUCUUGGAGAUAGCCAAUGAGGUGGACUUGUCACCUUCUCUCCUGGCUCGUCUGGUGUUGGAGCGUUUUCUGGAGGAGAGGGAAGACUCAGUGUCCUCCAAACAAGUGGUGAACAGCAUGCUGCGGGAGCCCUGUUUGAUUCCUGACCUCCUGCUGGCCAAGCACGUGGAACAGUGCACUAUAAAUGACUGCUGUUAUGGACCACUGGUGGACUGCAUCAAACAUGCUAUUGGACAAGAGCAUGAAGAAAUCCUGCGAGACAAACUCAGAGAGAGGAACCUCUCCUUCUUGGAUGAAAACCAACUGCGUGCCAAAGGUUAUGACAAGACUCCCGACAUUAUUCUGGAAGUUCCAAUUGCUGUUGAAGGCCACAUAGUUCAUUGGAUUGAGAGUAAGGCGUCUUUCGGAGACGACCAAAGCCAUCGCACCUACCUGAAUGAGCAGUUUUGGAGCUACUGGAACAGGUUCGGCCCAGGUCUGGUCAUCUACUGGUACGGCUUUAUAGCUGAGCUGGACUGCCUGAGAGACAGAGGGAUCCUGCUCAAAGACUGCUUCCCCUCGGACAUUGUGACUCUGUGCCAUGAGACCACUUCCAACUGA